CUGAUGAGCAGACUGCGCCUGUUGGUGGACUGGUUGGGUUAGCGAGAGUUGUUUAACCGGUGUUCACAAACGCCACUAACACAGUAGAGAGGAUUGUCUGCGAUUAUCAACAGCCAGGCCGUCUCAGUGACUCGUUUAGGUUCGUACUUUGGCUGUGGAGGUUUAACAGUAACUCGUUUUAAGUAGGGAUUAACGCCAAGCGGUAGGCAAACUCCACCUGUUAUUUUCGAUACUGUGGGGCGAAGUUAGCCACCGUCAACGUUGUACUAUUAGCCAGCAUUAGCCAUUUGUGACAACCUCAUCUCAUGUUGCGUAUUAUCACACGGUUGACAACAUGCUGCAGUAACUAAUACACCUGUUAACAUUGUUAAAACCAUGGCCGCCUGGGGGAUGAAAGGCUGCUCUGGUUCGGAGAGCUGCCCAACGUCCCCUCCCAAUUCCACCAUGGCCUAUUGCUACUCAGCCCGCAUUCGCAGUACCGUACUCCAGGGCUUACCUUUUGGAGGAGUACCCACUGUCCUCGCGCUUGACUUUAUGUGCUUCUUGGGGCUGUUGUUUGUGUUCUCCAUCUUGAGAAAAGUAGCAUGGGAUUAUGGGCGGCUCGCUCUGGUGACCGACGCUGACAGACGAAUGGAUCAGCGGUACAGUCGCCUGGAUGAUCGGGAAUAUAUGUCCUCAGGAAUGACAUCAGAGACAACUGAACGCUACGAACGUCUGACUUCAGUUUCCAGUUCUGUAGACAUUGAACAGAAAGACGUGGGUUUCUGCUCCUGGUUAACUGCUAUCUUCCGUAUUAAAGUGGAGGAGAUAAGAGAGAAGUGUGGCGAGGACGCUGUGCAUUACUUGUCCUUUCAGCGUCACAUCAUUGGCCUGCUGGUGGUGGUGGGCGUGCUCUCUGUGGGCAUUAUCUUACCUGUUAACUUUUCAGGAACCCUACUUGAUAAUAACGCCUAUAGUUUUGGGCGAACCACUAUAGCAAACUUGAACGCUGAUAAUAAACUCUUGUGGCUACACACUAUCUUUGCCUUUCUCUACCUGCUACUGACUGUGUACAGCAUGAGAAGACACACUUCCAAGAUGCAUUAUAAAGAGGAUGAUCUGGUAAAACGUACUCUGUUUGUCAAUGGGAUCUCCAAAUAUGCUGAAGAGAACGAGAUAAGGCAACACUUCGAGCACGCUUAUGAAAAUUGUACAGUGUUGGAAGCCCGGAUAUGUUACAAUGUGGCCAGACUGAUGUACCUCAAUUCUGAAAGGAAGAAGACAGAACGCAGCAAGAAAUUCUUCUUGGACCUGCAGGCCAGAGAGCACAUUACCACCAUGAUCAAUCCAAAGCUCUGUGGACACCUUUGCUGUUGCAUCAUAAAAGGCUGUGAGCAGGAAGAAGCAGUAAGUUACUACACCAAGCUGGAGGGACAACUCAAAGAGGACUACAGGAAGGAGAGGGAGAAGGUCAACAGGAAACCCUUAGGAAUGGCAUUCGUCACUUUUCAGAAUGAGUCCAUGACUGCCAUAAUUUUGAAAGACUUCAAUGCUUGUAAGUGUCAGGGCUGUCACUGUCGUCGGGAGCCUAAGAGUUCUCAGUUCAGUGGCAAACUACACACACACAACUGGACUGUCAGCUAUGCUCCUGAUCCACAGAAUGUUUACUGGGAGCAUCUGUCGGUGGGAGGAUUCUCCUGGUGGAUCCGCUGCUUUGUCAUCAACUCUGUCCUCUUCCUCCUCCUGUUCUUCCUCACCACCCCUGCCAUCAUCAUCUCCACCAUGGACAAAUUCAAUGUGACAAAACCAGUGGAGUAUCUCAAUAAUCCAAUCAUCACUCAGUUCUUCCCCACCCUCCUUCUGUGGUCUUUCUCUGCCUUGCUCCCUACCAUUGUUUACUACUCUGCCUUCUUUGAAGCACAUUGGACCCGCUCAGGGGAGAACAGGACAACAAUGCACAAAUGCUACACUUUCCUGAUCUUUAUGGUCCUGUUGCUGCCCUCCUUAGGACUCAGCAGUUUGGAUGUUUUCUUUCGCUGGUUUUUUGACAAAAGAUUUAUUGCUGAUGCAAAAGUGAGAUUUGAGUGUGUAUUUCUUCCUGACAACGGAGCCUUCUUUGUCAACUACGUCAUUGCGUCUGCAUUCAUUGGAAAUGCCAUGGACCUGCUGAGAAUACCUGGACUUCUAAUGUACAUGAUCCGUCUGUGUAUGGCUCGCUCUGCAGCUGAGCGGAGGAAUGUCAAAAGGCACCAGGCUUAUGAAUUCCAGUUUGGAGCAGCCUAUGCCUGGAUGAUGUGUGUUUUCACUGUGGUCAUGACCUACAGCAUCACCUGCCCCAUCAUCGUCCCUUUUGGGCUGAUGUACAUGCUCUUGAAGCACUUGGCAGACAGGUACAACAUGUACUACGCUUAUCUGCCCACCAAACUGGACAAGAAGAUCCACUCAGGGGCGGUCAACCAAGUGGUGGCGGCUCCCAUUCUCUGCCUGUUUUGGCUCCUGUUCUUUUACACUGUUCGCUCUGGUUUUUCUGCUGCAACAUCUAUGUUCACAUUUGUAGUAUUGAUCAUCACAAUCAUUAUCUGCCUCUCUCACGUUUGCUUUGGACACUUCAAAUAUCUCAGUGCACACAACUACAAGAUCGAUGCCCAGGACAUUGAUGGAGCAGAGAAUGGAAAUGUCGUGUGUACUCCUGCCACGAACAAGGCAGCGCAAAUGUACAUCGCUCAGGUACUUCAGGAUCCAAAUUCAGGAGAAGCUGGGUCAGGCAGUGGGGAGGACGAUGGCCAGGGGUCCUCGCAGGACGAGGAGAUAAUAAAUGUUGAAAAUGGCCUGAAUGAGGAUUUCCAGUCUGGUGAAGACAGCCUCAUUGAUAAUGAAGUGCGACACUGAUGCUGCCAGGACCAUUAGAAAAAUGUAACUUGACAAGUGCACUGAACAUGUGAACUAAACUACAAACUGAACCAACAGUUCUCCAAAGCAUCUAAUCCUCCACUGAGGGAUCUUACCUGCGCUAACAUGAGCACACUGUCUACCAAUCACGUAACAGAUUGUUUUCAUGGAUGCUUCUUUUUCCUCCACUGGAUCUCAACAAAACAAUAAAACUGCAGAGGAAGUGCAAUUUGACAGGGCAGAAACACUUUUCUGACCCACUAUAGGUGAGGAGUACCCUAAAGCACUGCACGUGGACCCAUGAAUGAAAAGACACUAAUGCACAAAUGAAGAAUUUUAACCUGGCCUUGAAAGGGUUGUGAUACUCUUGUCUGUAUUUUUGUAACAUUGUUGUACUUCAGAGAGAGGACCUGUACUGUGAGCAAGUAGCUGAAGAGGAGGCAUUCACACCAGCAGACACACUGCUCUGUGCAGAUGUGAUAGUUUGAGAAAAAUGGUUCUUCCAAUUCUAAAUCUCUUAGGGAAAAAAAAACACCUAACACUCCUGUACGGUUAAAAACAACCGAUAAAUCAAAUGACACACUACAUUUACAGAUCCUUUUCUUCUUUUUAUUAUUAUUAUUAUUAAGCUUUCAUCCCUGAGCUUUUGUCGGUACUGCUGUAAUACUGCUGCUACUGAUGUUGCCCCCCCACCACCACCAGGGUGCGAUCUGCAGGUGGCCAAGAUCCUGCAGAUCCUGCUGGGAGACAAGAGAAAGAGCCCUCUUUCUGAAUAUUUUGGGUCAAAUUCACAUCAUACUCAUGAUGACUAGUUCUCUGUAGCUAUUGUUGUUUUUUUGUUUUGUUUUUUUCAUUUACAUUGAUUUUUUUUUUGUAUGUUUACAUUUGUUUGUAGAGAUUUUUUAAUCAUUUUUCAAUUUCGGUUUGUAUUAAUAAUGUUCCAAGUCAGGUUAUUGAUCUCCUACCACUCUGACAUUUUUCAGGUUUGCCACUGGCCACUUUCAAAGUGGACUUUUACAUUAUGACUUACACUGUGCAAAUCCAUGAAUACAUAUCAAAUCAAGACCCCCCGGCCACACAUAAAAACAACACACAGUUGAUCAUGUAUUUUCGACUCAGGAUUGAAGCGUCUGUUUUCUGCACACGCCGCAUAAAAAAACCAUUAAAACCAUUGUGGGUAAAGCAAGAUGGAGUGAUGUAGAUGAAAUACCACUAUAGUCAGUCAGUAUAGAUCAGUUAUUAUCCUUGUAAUCAGUAAUAUAGAAAUGUAUAAUAGAGCUGCUCUGAGAACCAUAGUGAGACAUGUGCACUAAUCUUCUUCUCACUUAUAUGAUUGAAUGAGGAGUUUGUCCUGAGUUGGUAAGAUCGCUACAGUGUUGAAUUCAAACUCCUUCCCUGAUAAUGGCGCUGCGCAAAAGUUGUUAAUUGCAAUUGAAGAUAAUUACAGGCUCCUCUAGUCAUGACAAGGUGAUCUUAGUAUCGUUAUUUUUAAUACCUUUUCAUUUUCUUUUAUACCUCUGAGAUGUAAAUCUCUGAAUGUGUCCUGUCAAAGUAACAAACUGUCUCGGUUCAAGGGAGAUGCCUAAAAAUAUCAUAUAAAAACCUCAUCUUUGUUUUUAUUGAAAACACUGAAUGUAACAUAAUUCCAUAGCUUUCAAAGGGGCUUGAGACGAUGAUCACUGUUUUUUCUGUCCCUGAAGCGUGGACCAGUGUCUGACCAGUACUAUACAACUGUAUGUGCUGGAGUCCAGUCCAAGUACACAUGUACUGUACAUUUGUCAGUGUGGUGGUAGCAUUAAGUUCCAGUCCUUAUUCCUAAUCUGGGAUCACGAUAACGUGUUUUAUUUUGUAUUUACACAAGGUCUGUAUUAACAGUGGAACUCACUGGAAAUAAAUGCAUGUUAUUGUUUUUUUUUUUUUUUAACAACUCACCAUUAGACAUGCUCAGCUUGUUUCAAUGUCAUAUUUAAAAUGGACAGUAAAUAUCUCAUCUCAUACCAAGUGAAAUGUGUUUUGUGCGCUGUGCUCAUAUAUGAAUGUAUGACUGUGCUUAUAAUUGUCAAUCGAAAAAGAAUCAGCCCUUGAGAUAUACAGUAUAUAAAAUAAUUGGUUAUUUUGAAAAACAGCUGCUAGGCUAGUGAUGGUAUUACAUUCAGCAUUUAUGCCUUGUGCUGUAUGUGAUGGUUAUUUUUAAAAUGUAUUUGCCGAUUAGCAUGGCUAAAUUAUAAAAGUGAAAACAAACUUUAAUUUACAAUUUAGUCAAUACAUUUUUUGAAAAUGAGAUGACAUUCAGAAAUGAACGUAACCAAAUGUGUGUGUGUGUGUACAUAUAUCUUAUAGAAAUAUACUGUUAUGAGAAAUGGUUAAUCUAAUUAAAGCAUAAUUUUAAAAAAA